AUGCGCUUCCCGUUCCGAAUUAGGGAAGUCCAAGGCGAACGCUGCGGGUACGAGGGUUCGAAGUCUCGUGCGACAGGCGAAACCGAACGAUCCUCCAUUUGUCUGAAGCAGUGGACUUCGUCGUGGACAGUGGACACCAUCGAUUAUGCCCAUCAGUACAUUCGAAUGAAGGACCCGGACGAUUGCCUCCCGAAACGGAUUCUGGAGGACCGCUUCCUGAGCCCAUCCUCGCCCUUUGAAGCCCGGGACUACGAGUACUUCACGCUGGCGAACUGCUCGUCCACGAAUUCCUCCACUGUCGGGCCAGUAAGCGGCAUCGCGAGGCUCGACUGCCUCAGUCCAGCACGGGACAUGGUGGUGGCCCUGGUCAUAGACGAUGAGCUCGCCUUGUCAUGGUUGAUGCAGCAUGAGUGCAACCUGUCGAUGAUCUCGGUCCCUCGGCGGGGGAAACAUCCGAUGGACAUAAUCGAAGGCAUGUGGUGGAGUUGGUUCAGGUCUUCGUCCGUCCCCGUCUCGAUCGAAAUUAGCUCCAACCGCGUCCCAGGUUCAGCUCCACGGAACGCGGUCAGCGGGGAAGCCGUCGAAAUGGCCUGA